UGGCGAUUGGUUAGUGUACUGGACGUUGUCUUCCAAUCGCGUUCUUCGUUGGAUUCAUGUGGGGUGGCCUGUCGGUGAGUCCUGGGAGUGAUCGCCAAGAGUUUGACUGUGGAGUUACGGUUAAAUUAGAGACAUGUCUGGUAGUUUUUAUUUUGUUAUAGUUGGACAUCAUGACAACCCCGUUUUUGAAAUGGAGUUUCUUCCAGCAGGCAAAAUGGAGCCCAAAGAUGAUCACCGACACUUGAACCAGUUCAUAGCUCAUGCUGCUCUUGAUUUAGUAGAUGAGAACAUGUGGUUAUCCAACAAUAUGUACUUGAAAACUGUUGACAAGUUCAAUGAAUGGUUUAUCUCUGCGUUUGUUACAGCUGGACACAUGAGAUUUAUUAUGUUGCAUGAUGUGCGUCAAGAAGAUGGAAUAAAAAACUUUUUUAAUGAUGUCUAUGAUUUGUACAUUAAGUUUGCCAUGAAUCCAUUUUAUGAACCUAAUACCCUCAUUCGAUCAACAGCAUUUGACAGAAAAGUUCAAUUCUUGGGAAAGAAGCACCUGCUGAGUUGAACGAAUGACAGCGCAUGUAAAUAUAAUUAAAGGUUACAGGAUAUCAGAAGUAUCUUUUACUGUGUAGCAUAUUGUCGUUGGUGACUUUUUGUCAAUUGUACUAUUCCUUCAUGUGUGUAUUUAUUAUAUAAAGAAAUCAUACGUUGGGCUUUGGCAUCUAUAUUUACUACAUGCAAGCUAUGUCAGUUACUUGUGCCUGUUGAAUAGUUUUCUUUAAAUCAGUCAUGUUUUCAUUCAGAAAAAUUGUGCUCCAUCUGUAUUAAAUUUUGAAACUGUG